AUGCUUCACCCACACGCCGCUUCACCCCCACGCCGCUUCACCCCAUGCCGCUUCAUCCCCAUGCCGCUUCACCCCCAUGCCGCUUCAUCCCCAUGCCGCUUCACCCCCAUGCCGCUUCACCCCCACGCCGCUUCACCCCCACGCUGCUUCACCCCCACGCCGCUUCACCCCCACGCCGCUUCACCCCCACGCCGCUUCACCCCAUGCCGCUUCACCCCCAAGCCGCUUCACCCCCACGCCGCUUCACCCCAUGCCGCUUCACCCCCAAGCCGCUUCACCCCCACGCCGCUUCACCCCCACGCCGCUUCACCCCCACGCCGCUUCAUCCCCAUGCCGCUUCACCUCCAUGCCGCUUCACCCCCAUGCCGCUUCACCCCACGCCGCUUCACCCCCACGCCGCUUCACCCCCACGCCGCUUCACCCCCACGCCGCUUCACCCCAUGCCGCUUAACCCCAUGCCGCUUAACCCCCACGCCGCUUCACCCCCACGCCGCUUCACCCCCACGCCGCUCACCCUCACGCUGCUUCACCCCCACGCCGCUUCACCCCCACGCCGCUUCAUCCCCAUGCCGCUUCACCCCCACGCCGCUUCACCCCAUGCCGCUUCACCCCCACGCCGCUUCACCCCACGCCGUUUCACCCCCACGCCGCUUCACCCCCACGCCGCUCACCCUCACGCCGCUCACCCUCAUGCCGCUUCACCCCCAUGCCGCUUCACCCCCACGCUGCUUCACCCCCAUGCCGCUUCACUCCCCCUUUUUUUGA